AUGGAUCCCGCACUUCCUGAGCCCUCAGCCGGCGUCGUCGCGGCUCCACGCCCGCCUCCCGGCGCGCAUUCCGGGCCCCCUGACCAGUAUCCCAGCGCAGGGGGCGACUCAGGCACCAUGAGCCAAGACACUGAGGUGGACAUGAAGGAGGUGGAGCUGAACGAGCUGGAGCCCGAGAAGCAGCCCAUGAACGCUGCGUCUGGGGCGGCUGUGGCCGUGACCAUGGCUGGUGGCCCUGAGAAGAACGGCCUGGUGAAGAUCAAAGUGGCUGACGACCAGGCGGAGGCGGCUGCGGCCAAGUUCACGGGCUUGUCUAAGGAGGAGCUGCUGAAGGUGGCGGGCAGUCCCGGCUGGGUGCGCACCCGCUGGGCGCUGCUGGUGCUCUUCUGGCUUGGCUGGCUCGGCAUGCUGGCGGGGGCCGUGGUCAUCAUCGUGCAGGCACCGCGCUGCCGUCAGCUGCCCACGCAGAGAUGGUGGCACAAGGGCGCCCUCUACCGCAUCGGCGACAUUCAGGCCUUCCAGCCCCGCAAAACAGGCGACCUAGCCGGCCUAGAGGGGCAUCUGGAUUACCUGAGCACCCUGAAGGUGAAGGGCAUUGUGCUGGGCCCAGUUCAUAAGAACCAGAAGGAUGACGUGGCAGGGACUGACUUGAAACAGAUAGACCCUGCUCUGGGCUCCAAGGAUGAUUUUGAUCAUCUCCUACAGUCGGCCAAGAAAAAGAGCAUCCGGGUCAUUCUGGACCUCACUCCCAACUACCGGGGCCAGAAUUCGUGGUUCCUCCCCACUGAGGCUGGCACAGUGGGCACCAAGAUGAAGGAUGCUCUGGAGUUUUGGUUACAGGCUGGUGUGGAUGGGUUCCAGGUUCGGGAUGUGGAGAAUCUGACGGAUGCGCCCUCAUUCUUGGCUGAGUGGCAGAACAUUACCCAGAGCUCCAGUGAAGAUAGGCUCUUGAUUGCAGGCACUGGCUUCUCUGACCUGCAGCAGAUCCUGAAGCUGCUUGACUCCACCAAGGACCUGUUGUUGACUAGUUCAUACUUGUCAAGCCCUGGCUUUACUAGGGAGCAUACAAAACUCCUGGUCACCCAGUAUUUGAACGCUACUGGCAAUCGCUGGUGCAGCUGGAGUUUGUCUCAGGCCAGGCUCCUGACUUCCUUUGUGCCAGCCUCUCUUCUCCGACUCUACCAGCUGCUGCUCUUCACCCUGCCAGGGACCCCCAUCUUCAGCUAUGGAGAUGAGAUUGGCCUGCAAGCGGCUACCCUUCCUGGACAGCCUGUGGAGGCCCCGGUCAUGCUGUGGGAUGAAUCCAGCCUCCCUGAUACCUCUAGCCCGGGUUCUGGGCCAGUAAGUGCCAACAUGACGGUGAAGGGCCAGGAUGGAGUCCCUGGUUCCCUCCUCUCCCUGUUCCGGAGGCUGAGUGAUGAGCGGGUCAAGGAGCGUUCCCUGCUACAUGGGGACUUCCACACACUGCCCUCGGGGCCUGGCCUCUUCUCCUACGUCCGCCACUGGGACCAGAACAAGCGCUUCCUGGUGGUGCUCAACUUUGGGGAUCUGAGCGUCCCAGCCAAUUUAGGAGCCACUGGCCUGCCUGAUAAUGUGAGCCUGCCGGCCAAGGCCGAACUCGUGCUUAGCACCCAGCCAGGCCGGGAGGAAGGCGUCUCCCUUGAGCUGCAACACCUGAAUCUGGAGCCCAGUGAGGGGCUUCUGUUCCACUUCCCCUAUGUGGCCUGA